AUGGCUAAAUCGAACAAAGACUGCUUAUCUUAUAGGGAUACACUGGACACGUCUGUACGGCUUAGGUACGACAACAAACUAAAAUUAAUUGAUGGUAAUGAUCCGUAUGAACUAAAGAAUUGGUCAGACAAUGUGGACAUUUUGCCAGGUAUAACAUACAUGGACAUUGUGAAUUAUCUUUUAUUUACUCCAAGUGCAUACACUGCUGAUGAUUUGAAAAGUUAUAAAGGACUCGACGCCUACAACCAAUUUGUAUGUGGAUGGGUUAGAGAGAGAACUGCCAUCGGAUUUGAAGAACAAGUUUUAGUAACUGCAAAGGUUCUUCAUUCACAAAGAUUGAGGGAAAAACCGCUGCGACCAUGGGUAAUUUCACAUAAAGAUGGUGUUGUCAAGGGCACCCAUUGUACAUGCAUGGCCGGCCUCGGAGAAGCGUGUACCCAUAUUGCGGCUCUGCUGUUUUCCAUAGAGGCCACUGUACGGAUACGGAAUUCAGCAACUGUGACUGAAAGGCCUGCCUACUGGAUGUUGCCAGCAGCCAUAAAAAAUGUGCCGUAUAGCCAGCUUACCGACAUUAAUUUUACCUCUGCAAAAGGUUUAAAAAGAAAAUUAGAUGACAAUAUUGAUCAGAUAUAUGAAACUCCACAGGCAUCAACUUCUGCGGUUUGUUCAAAGCUUCUUCCACCGUCACCACAUGAACUGGACACCCUCUUCAAAGAACUGCACUCGACAGGAACAAAACCAGUUCUGUUGGCUACAAUUGAGCCAUACUCAAACUGGUAUAUUCCAAAACCUAUAACAUCAUCGUUUCCCCAGAUGUUAACCGACUUGAAAGAUGACAGCUGUAUGAACAUGGAGUAUACAAAGUUACUCGAACUCUGUGUUAAUAUCAAAGUACAAACAAGUCCUGACCAAGCAAAGGAAGUAGAGAUUGCCACCCGUACGCAGUCUCAAUCAAAACUGUGGUAUCGAUUCAGGGCAGGAAGGAUAACGGCAUUAAAUGCCAAGUCGGCAUGCAACACCAAUGUUUUGAAUCCAGCUAAAAGCCUGGUGAAGACCAUAUGUUAUCCAGAAUCGUCAACAUUUUCUAACGAAGCUACUCGGUGGGGAUGCAAGCAUGAAAAAACUGCAAAGGCAGACCUUCUUGAGAAAAUGGCCCCAUUUCACGAAAAUUUGAAAAUCGAGGAUAGUGGUUUUAUUAUUAGCACCGACUUCCCACACCUUGGAGCUUCACCGGAUGGGGUAGUAUCCUGUGACUGUUGUGGGAAGUUCUGUUUAGAAAUAAAAUGUCCAUUUUCAGUCCGAGAGAAUUCCUUGGACAAAUGCUGUGACCCAAAGUUCUUCUUAGGAAAAAACGACAAUGGCAUUAUACAACUGAAGAGAGAUCAUGCAUACUUCUACCAGGUACAGACUCAGUUGGGAGUAACAUCAUUGGGGACAUGUUUUUUUGUUGUAUGGACAAAAUGCGAUUUGCAUGUGGAACUGAUCACUUUUGAUCCAGAGUUGUGGCAGGUUAUUUGUAGCAAAACACACUGUCUAUUUCAGAGGGCAAUUUUACCUGAACUGGUGGGUAAAUACUAUUCAAGAAUGACGACAGACAAUGCUUUAAUACCAUCAAAUACAACAACUGACACACAGGGUCAAUGCAGUACAUCUGAGGAAACGUGGUGCUACUGUGAUCAAGUUGAAUCUGGGUUCAUGAUCUGCUGUGACAACGAAAAUUGUGACAUUCAGUGGUUUCAUUAUCUGUGUAUUGGAAUGGAGAAAGCGCCCAGGGGGAAAUGGUUUUUGCAGAGAAUGUCGGAAAUUGCCUCAAUUUGUUAA